AUGUCCGCCCCAUCUUACAGACUAGAGACACCUCGCCCUCGUCCUCCGCCCCUGCCGAUCCGCACCUCCGGCUUGCACUCUCCCCUGCCACUGCGCCAACAAGAAUCCACUCAUUCAAUAUACAAUGACAUAUCUUCAAAUCCCCCGCUCUCUUCAGGACCCACCAAGUCGUCACCUGCUUUCAGGUCUCCGACGUCUCCAUCUUUUAGUCCUCGGUCGGGAAUUCACGGUCGAGGGCUUACGCCUCCUCUAUCAGGUCAUGCUCGCUCGACCACACCUCUGCAGCCCAAUCACUCUGACAUAGAAGCCUUUGCGGAGAAUUGUCGAGCUUGGUAUUUCGAGCAAAGUGAUAAUGCUGGCCGUCUUAUGACGCAUACCCUGGCCACCCUUCCUCCUUCGCAACGUGCUCCAUUUUCCAGGCUCCAGGCAUCUAUACGCUCUGCCUAUCACGCGAGUGUCAAUGCCCGUCGCAACGCUGAAUUCAGAGCCCAUCUUAGCGCUACCAUACCUGGAGGCUCGUUGAUGCCUCAUUCCCGGGCUGAUCCCGGAGGUCAGUUGGCGAAAAAGGAACGUCUUGAAAGACUGGAGCGCUUUGUCGGUACUUGGUGCACUAUGGGUAUGCCUGGUACAAAGCCCUUCUUUGAAGGUCUUUGGGCAGUCAUGAGACUUCAAGUGAUUCCAGAACAUCUCGGAGGUGCUGGAGGCUAUAAGAUCGAGUGGGAAAUUGAUGAUGCAGUCUUCAAGGAAGCAGCCGGUAAAGAUUUCAUGCUGGAGGCCAUUGAUGUUCUCAAAGGAGUGCUUGCCUUCGAGGAUGUAUCUUCCUCAAGUGGUUCUUCGUUAGCCGGUGUUACGCCAUAUUCGGCGUGCCCACCGCUGUCGACCAUUCACUCAAGGUCCCAGUCGCAGCCAAUCCCCACAGCAUCUUCUCCGCCACCACGUCCUUCCACACAUCCACCAAUCACGUCAACGACACAGACCAAACGUCCACGAGCUCCUAGCGAUCCCUUCCUGGAUACACCCGCCUUGUCGACGUCUUAUUCGUCCGCCAAUACCACGGUCUUGAAAGACGAGCCUCUAACUCCCACUACUCCCGCGGACGGCGAGGCUUUACUUGUUUCAAAUUCAAUGAGCACAGAGUUCUCAGAUGCAGAUCAGUAUAUGCGUAUUUGGACUGCUCCUGAUCUCCCCAAUCCUGAGUAUAUCUCUUUGCUAUCCGUUUUCCCUGCCUUUAUUACGCGCAGCACUCUGCCGCGAUUUCCUGCGCCAUCACAGUCACGGCAUUUGCAUGAUCUCGAAGAAGGUGAAGAAUCAUCAGACCACAGUGAACGAAUCAGGUUUGGCACCGGAACAAUGUGGGUCGGGAAGAAAGUGCGCGCGGUUGCGCGACGGGCCGCUGUCGAUGCCGACUACGGCAAGGGUUGGUUCUGGUUGAGUUUGCCCUCAGAGUCGUACGAAGAGAGAGCGCCUUGGGAAAAUAUCGAUCUAGGUACCACCACUGGAAUUGCCAUAGCGUGUGCCACUCUUCUCAAACGGGGUUUCGGUGUAUGA